GGCAAAAAAGGGCAAAAUGUGUCUGCUAAUCAAUGUGGGACGGCGAGCGCAGCGCCAGCGGCCCACCACCACCUCGGCCCCGCCGCCCAGUGCCGACUGCCGAGGCCCUGAGCCGAGCCGAGCCGUGCCACCGGUAGUCAUGGCGCUGUCCAAGGUGCAGGAGGACACCGGGUUGCCCAAAUUAAAGGUGGCCCUCGCCAUCGGGGGAACUCUGGCCGCAGGUUAUGCCGUGUACUACUUCAUGUUCAGACAUCAAGGCAAAAAACAAGACAAAAGCAAGACAAUACCCAAGCAGUCCUCGGAGGAGACGGAGAGCCUCGCGUCGCCCAGCACAGACGACACAGCCAACCUGACUCCACUUCAAAGAGCACAAAGCUACAAGAAUAAGGGGAACAAAUACUUCAAGGGUGGCAAGUACAAAGAAGCAAUAAAGUGCUACGACGAUGCCAUUGAGGCAUGUCCCCAAAAGGAGAAGGUGGAUCUGUCCACCUUCUACCAGAACAGGGCAGCUGCAUACGAACAACAGAAAAACUGGGAGUGUGUCCUUCGGGACUGUACAGCCGCCUUAGAGCUUAAUGAACGGUAUGUGAAGGCCCUACAGAGAAGAGCUAAGGCCUGUGAGGUCCUCAAAGACCUGGAGCAAGCCCUGGAGGACCUGACUGCUGUGUGCAUCAUUGAGUCAUUCCAGAACCAGGCAACAUUAGUCAAUGUAGACAGGGUCCUCAAAGAGCUAGGCCGUAUGCAUGCCAAAGAAGCCAUGGAGAAACGGGACCCAAUCAUGCCCUCCAACCACUUCAUCAAGACCUUCUUUGAGUCAUUUGCUGAGGACCCAAUCUUUAAUUCUGUUGACAAAGAAAAGGAGGGUGAUGUGGAUGAAACUGAAAAUCCUCCUGGGAAGACUGCCACCAACAAUGGUUACUUGAAAGCCAAACAGCAUCUUCAAGAGGGUAACUAUGGUUCAAUCAUUGAAUGCUGCAGCAAUGAAUUGGCAAACCCACUCACCCCUCAUAAGGUUGAAUCGCUGUUGCUGCGUGCCACACUCUUCCAGCUCAGAGGAGAGAGCAAGAAGGCUAUGGAUGACCUCACUGCUCUCAUUAAUAUAGAAAACUGCCCACUUAAAAUGAAGGUGAAUGCCCUAGUGAAGCGUGGCUCACUGUACAUGCAGCAUGAGAAGGUAGAUGACAGUCUGCGAGAUUUUGACAAAGCUGCUGUUCUUGACCCAACUAACUCUGAUGUUUUCCAUCACAGAGGACAGAUCCACUUGCUGAUAGGCAGAGUAGAUGCAGCCAUGUCAGACUUCAAGAAGGCAGUGGACCUCAAUUCCAACUUCCCAAUAGCAUUUGUCCAACGUUGCUACACAGAUUACAGGUAUGCUUAUCAGCUAGGAGACAAGGCCAAAGUGGAGGAGGUGAUGAAGAAGUUCGACGAAGCCAUCAAGAAUUUCCCAAAAUGCGUAGAAUGUUAUGUUCUUUAUGCUCAGGUGUUGUGUGACCAAGGUGAACACGAGCAAGCAGAUGGUUACUAUGUGAAGGCCCUGGAGGUGGAGCCUGAUAACCCCACAACACUGGUGCACCGUGCACUACUAAUCCUACAGUGGAAGGGAGACCUUGCUCAGGCUCGGUCGUACAUCACGCAGGCCCUUGAGAUUGAUGACAAGUGUGAGCUGGCAUACGAGAACUUGGCUACUAUUGAAGUGCAAACUGGUAAUUUGAAGAGAGGAGUGGAAUUAUUUGACAAAGCUAUUCCCCUGGCCAAGACAGAAAUGGAAAUGGCUCAUCUUUUCUCCCUCAAAGAUGCUGCUGUAGCACAAUUGAAGAUUGUUGAGAAGAUGGGCAUUAACAUCCCUGAUCUUGGGUCACUGUAAGUCCUGUUGCAUAGGUGUGUUUUAUAUUCUUUAUUCCUCAAAGAAUUGAUUCUCCGAUGUUUUGAUUGUUAAAUUCAAAUAUUUAUAGUAAUAUUUUUUUUAUGACUAAGUAUGGAUGGAUUGUGUGAAACUUGGAGGCAUUAAAUGUAUAAAUAAAUAAAAGUAAGAAACUUGUAUUUAAUGGUGUUUUCCAAAGGAGAUGUGUUGUAUUAGAUCAACAUGAUAAAGUUCUGUAUGUUACUGUUUUGUAGAUAAAGCAACUGGGGUAUUAAAUCAGACACAUUCUUAUAGACAGUGAUCAGAAAUGAGGCAAGUAGGUUAGGUGUGGGCUUAUGGCUACCCUUUGUUGCAGUGUUUGUCAUCUCACAACUUGCUAUAUGAGGUGGCCAAAGACAGAACAAGUAAAUUAUUGUUUCUUGUCUCCAGUAACUGUAGUGGCUGCCUUUGGAUGCAAUAAUCUUUUCCUGGAACACGAGAUAAUAAUUUCUUUCAAGGCUUGAUAACCAGCAUCUAACGUGUAGUGCACAUGUUUUGUAACCUUGAAUGGAGCGGUUGGGUUUGAGAAGUUUGGUCAGUAUAUGUCACUUGUCAUCAAUAUUACCAUUAUCAUCAUUGUCAUCAUCACCAUAAUCAAUUUUCUCCACUGAGUAGGGUGAGGAUUCAGGGACAACACAAGUUUAGGGAGUAUUCAAAGCGCGAGGAUGCAGAAGUAUUAUUUAGUCACAAGGAUGUCACAAGAUGGGUCCAUGGAUUGGGUUACAUUCCCUCAAUUUCUGUAUGAUGAGGGAAGGCAUGUACAUUUAUUGCCCUAAAGGCUAUGAAGACCCAGGGCAGUCAGACUACUAAGACAUACCUCAAAAAUGACUUUAGUGUCUGGAUUGAAUAGGCUAUGGAGGCAUUUCUAUGGCUGAAUAACUUUGCAACUGGUCAGUGGAAGACUAAUUAAACAGCAGGAAGGAAUUGACUGUUCAUUUGUCAGAUAUUUUAUAAAGUUUGAUUUAAGAAUUUAUUUCGGCUUCUAAUUCAAAAGUUAGUAAGCAGUUCGGUGUGAAAGUUUAUGUUGCCUUAUGGUCAAAUACAUAGUAUUAAAUUACUAUUAAUAAAGAUCAUGCAGCUUUGUCAUGACCUUGCAAAUGGGUCUCUCUCUCUCUCUCUCUCUCUCUCUCUCUCUCUCUCACACACACACACACACA